AUGGUGGAAACAGGGCAUGGGCAUAACCACGGCCACAAUCACACGCCGUCGGCGCCGCAGCAGCCGGCGGGGCCUCCGGCAAUGGCCGUUUCAAGGGGACCGAUUUGGACUCCGGCAGAGCAGCUUCAGCAGCUUCAGUACUGCAUCCACUCCAACCCUUCUUGGCCCGAGACGGCCUUUCUGGCUUUCCAGCACUACAUUGUGAUGCUUGGAACAAUAGUGAUAAUUGCUAGCGAUCUCGUGCCUCGGAUGGGCGGUACUCAUGGUGACAAAGCCCGAGUGAUUGAGACAUUGUUGUUUUUGGCUGGAAUAAAUACGCUGCUUCAGACGCUCAUUGGGACGAGGCUUCCAACUGUGAUGGGAGCAUCUUUUGCAUACACUUUGCCCGUGUUGUCAAUCAUAAAGGAUAUAUCAAAUGAGAACCAUACCAAUGAGCACGACAGAUUUGUCCACACUAUGAGGACAAUUCAAGGAGCACUUAUUGUUUCUUCGUUUGUUAACAUCAUCUUGGGAUACAGUACGAUAAUCGGGAAUUUGACCAAGCACUUUAGUGCCAUAGUUAUUGUCCCAGUGGUUGGUGUUGUUGGCCUUGGUCUGUUUGCCAGGGGAUUCCCGCUGCUUGCUAACUGUGUGGAGAUUGGUCUGCCUAUGCUGCUACUGCUUGUCAUUUGCCAGUAUUUGAAGCACCUCCAUUCGAGGGGCCACGCCUUACUCGAGAGAUUUCACUUGCUUUUCUGCCUUGCAAUUGUUUGGGCCUUUGCUGCUAUCCUUACUGCUGCUGGUGCUUACAACAAUGUUGCGCCCAUCACUCAACGAAGUUGCCGAACAGAUCGAUCAUUUCUGAUAUCAUCUGCUCCAUGGGUUAGAGUUCCAUAUCCAUUUCAAUGGGGUCCACCUAUAUUUAGAGCGAGCCACGUCUUCGGGAUGAUGGGGGCUGCACUUGUUACCGCUGCUGAGUCAACGGGGACAUUCAUUGCUGCAUCACGUCUAGCAGGAGCAACACAUACUCCGGGACAUGUUGUGAGCAGGAGUAUUGGUCUUCAGGGUGUAAGCUUGCUAAUUGAUGGAAUCUUUGGUGCUCUUGUGGGUACCACAGCAUCGGUUGAAAAUGUUGGCCUUCUCGGCCUCACACACAUAGGAAGCCGUAGAGUGGUGCAAAUUUCAACUGCUUUCAUGUUCUUCUUCUCCAUAUUCGGGAAAUUUGGUGCCUUAUUUGCAUCCAUUCCGCUGCCAAUAUUUGCUGCCAUUUACUGUGUGGUAUUCGGCAUAGUUUCCGCAGUUGGGAUCUCAUUCAUGCAGUUUGCAAACAGCAACUCCCUUAGAAACCACUAUGUACUUGGCUUAUCUCUGUUCCUUGCGAUAUCCAUUCCUCAAUAUUUCGUCAGCAACACCUCCCUCGACGGCCAUGGACCUGUUAGAACAAACGGGGGAUGGUUCAACGACAUACUGAACACGAUCUUCUCGUCGCCACCUGCUGUGGCCAUAAUUGUGGCGACGAUUCUGGACAACACCCUGGAGAGGGAAGCGGUCAACGACAGAGGGGUCCCGUGGUUGAAGCCUUUCCAGCACAGGAAGGGAGAUGCCAGAACCGAGGAGUUCUAUAACCUUCCACUCAGAGCACAUGGAUGGCUGCCUUCCAGGUUCCGUAAUUAG